AUGGGGAGCUUAAAGUUUACCGUAGUUGUUGUCGCAGUCCUUCUUCUUUCUUCUCUUCUCCAGUCGUCAGCAGCGCAGGGGGUAUGCGGCGGAUCUGGUCCUAGGUAUUGUUAUGGAGCUUAUGGUGAUGCGCAGUGCAAGAAUGAUUGCAAGUAUAAAUUUGCUAGGGUUAUACUUGAUAUCAGUAAAUGCAGGGGAGAGAUGUGUCUAUGUUACUAUUACUGCGACAAAGCGACUACAGUGGCUCCAUAUGAAAUUUAA